AAUCUUGGUUUAGUCAAAUCACGUGACCUUCGCUCAUUUCACGACUUCACGUUCAUUUUUUAUUUUUCAUUUUUGUACGACUAUUGCAUGUCUGCGCGGUCUAGGCCCUACUCGUAUAUUGCACGUCUAUUUACUGUGCUUUUGCGCUUGCAUGCUGCUGUGCGUAUUUCGCGAUCGUAAACUGAAUUUGCGCUUGAGGCCAGGAUCUCCGUUGCUUUUGUGAAUGAAUGAGAUCUCAUCUUUUUGCCGAGUCGUCGAGAUACCCGGAUUUCUUUUCAUCUCGCCGAAUAACAGUUUACAUGCCCACGACUUUGUCGUGAAUUGCAACCUUUUAACGUUAGGAACGUGAGGGAUCCAGAAAAGAAGACACAUCAAAAGGUAGAUCAGCAAGAUGUCCGGUAUCGCAAUUACAAGACUGUCAGAAGAGAGAAAAGCCUGGAGGAAAGACCAUCCAUUUGGUUUUGUUGCCAAGCCAACAAAGAAUGCAGAUGGUACAUUAAACCUCAUGAACUGGGAAUGUGCAAUUCCAGGAAAGAAUUCGACAAUAUGGGAAGAUGGGCUGUACAAGCUUAGAAUGAUCUUCAAGGAUGAUUACCCUACGACACCUCCCAAAUGUAAAUUUGACCCUCCGUUGUUCCAUCCCAAUGUAUACCCAUCAGGCACAGUGUGCCUUUCUCUUCUGGAUGAGGAUAAAGAUUGGAGACCAGCUGUAACAAUCAAACAGAUUUUGCUUGGAAUCCAGGAUUUACUAAAUGACCCUAACAUCAAUGAUCCAGCCCAGGCAGAAGCAUACACAAUAUAUUCACAAAAUCCAAUGCAAUAUGAGAAGAAGGUGAAAGAACAAGCCAAGAAAUGCGCUCCAGUCAAAGAUCCCCCUCUCCAACAGCAAGUGCAGCAGCAUCAUCAUCACCACCACCAUCACCACCAUCACCAAUCAAACAGUAGGCAAGAUAAGUAGGCCAUACAGGGCCCUUCAAACCGCUCGGGAGCAUACCAACCAUUAACACGCAAGAUGAACUCUCCCUUCUAACCCAAAGAGAAAAGCCAAAUCAUGCGUAUGUGGACUUAAAAAAAAAAGAAUCUGUUGGGCGGCUGCUGUUGUUUGAUCAUGUUGGAGCAGCUAGUCAAUGAAGUACAGAUGGGAAACAUGAAGGAACUUGUGAGAAUCUAGCUGCACUGUGAAAGUCAUACCUAAAUGUUUUCUUCACUUUCAACCCAUGAAUUUUUUUUUUUUGUAGAGUGUAGUCAAUUUAAGAAGGGAUACGUCCUAUUACCGCUGCAACUCAUGUUGCUACUCUUGUUGCCUUUAAUGAUAUCCGCAGCGUUGAUGAAACGCAUUUCAUGAAGGUGAUGUCACAAUGAUGAUUUAAGCAAAAUCAUAUAUUCCAGCUCUUGUGACUUUAUUAGAAUGCAGUGCAUCUUAUUGAUACAAGGUCUUUGUAACAUGGAUCAUUGGCUUUUUUAGACAGGUCAGCAAAAAUUAAGAAAAAGAAAGCUUUACAUGGUGUUGCCAUACUGUCGAUGGGCAGUCGGAUUCUUGAAUCUCAAAUAUUAACAAUGUUAGGGCAGUUCAGAAAAGGCUGUAUUUUAGAAUAAUAGCAAUGGUGCCAAACUCAUACUGUCUGAAAACAGUCUCAUUCCAGUAGAGAAGUCUUUCGGGGUCAAAGAAGGUUGCCACUUUUGAAUUUUGAGAAACAAGGUUUCGACAGAUCAGCUCUGGAUGUCACUGGUCUAGAGGCAACCGCUUUUCUCAUCAUCCUUGCCCAAUGGUACAAUCAUUGUCAAGUUGUACUUUUUAACACAUUGGCCUAAAGAUAGUGUGGCAAACUACCUGUUAAAUCCGUGUUUUAUGCAGAUUUCCUGUAUACAUUUUUUUUUAUUGACCGUGUAUAUUAAAAAUGUCCAAUGUUAGUGAAUGCUUCUUCAUAUUGCGCCGAAUUGAUGCCUGUUGCCAUUGUUGAGCAUGCUAUUUUAUUGAUAUGAGUCCAGUGUUUUGGAUUAGUGAACCCACUGCUUACAACAGUUUACGCAUUGAUUUGAAUAGCUUGCUCAACCAUGGCAUGAACCAUGGCAACAAGCGUCAAGUUGGCGCAGUGUGACAAAAGCGUGCAUCAGCAAAGGACAUUUUUUAAUAUACACUGUACAGUAAGCAGAAUUUAUACAGGAAGUCUUCACAAAUGAUGGGUUCAAAACUAUCUUUGUGAAUUUGGGCCAUUAGGUUUAUUUAAAAUAAUUGCUGCAGGCUAACUAAUGACCAACUACUUGUACUUUACCUACAUUCUAAAUCUAUUUUGCACUCUCUGGGAAUAAUUUUUCUGGUAUCACAUUUUCAAAAUUAUUUCGUAGUAUUAUAAAUGCAAAACAAAAUGUGUUUGUGUUGCAUAUUUUACAUAAGACUGUACAAUUUGUUAGAAUGUGUCACUAACCACUUAAACUUCUGUGUGGGGCCAUGCUAAGUAAUUCUAAUCAGACACCAAUUCAAUUUAUUGGAUAAACCCUUGAAAUGAAAGUCAAUGAACUUCAGAGUCUACACCUCUGAGCAUCUUCUUAUGUUUUCACUUUGUUUUGUGCAUAAGUAUUUUACUUAUGAAACUAUUCAACUUUCAUAUGUUUUUCCUGUUUCAUAAUCAGGAAAUAGCUAGUAAUCUACCUUACAGGUGUACUCAUUGCGUAAGUCUUGAACAUGUAAUCAAAGGGAUCUGGUAUGUUUGGACUUAAAAUGUUUUCUGUCCAUUUUUUGGUGUAUGUAACCAUAAUGUUGCCGAGUGUGAGAUCCUCGGUUACAGGAUAGUAGUCAUGUAUUGAUGGGGGAAAUGCUUGCUACCGUGACAGUUGGUAACAUUUUGGCAUCUGAUGGCAUCGAAGCAGAAACCACGAAAUGACCAUGUUUAAUUAUCAAGCUUUUAUACGUAUAUAUAUUUUACGAAUGAUAGUGCAGCUAAAGAGGAAUGUAUUUUGUCCGCAAUGCCAGAUGUACAUAUAUGUUCAAAAGAAAGGCAUUCUUUUCGUUUCUUGAAAGCUGUUACCUCUUUGUAUGCAUCUGUUACACCCUUUUGGCCUAAAGUCACAAAGUGAAUCAUCAUUGAUGGUUCAAGCAUAUUAAGGCGUACUAUUGCGUAAAAAGAAGCACAAAGUGCUCUUGGCAAGAGUAUGGAGAGCAUGAUAUAAACAGUGCUUGUGCUUGAAAAAAAAUCCUAUUUUUGUGAUUUCAGGCCUUUGUUAACAUUAACGGUGUAAUAAGAGUGUAAACCUUUCAGUGAAUUCAGUGAAGACUAAAUUACACGUCUCUAUCAGAUUUAUUCUUCUACACUGGUUGAUAUGCAUGCACAUGGAAAUAUUUCUCAAAUGUUUAUGGUGUAUAAAGUAUAUGUUUUUGUAUUAUAUCAUCUUCUGAAAGCAAGUGGAGGAUGCAUGCACAUGAAUAUUUAUGGGAUAGCUUGGUUUCUUUCUUCUCCCUUAAAACUCUGCUGAUGUCGUAGCUCUCUUUUUCUUCUCUGUCUCUUUAUUUGCCUUUCCUUCUGUCAAUUUUUAUACCAACCUGUAUGCACUCAGUUCUAACUACUGUAUAACUGACCUUGCUCUCUUGUCUAACUACUUUGUAUAACAGGAAAAAUACAUGCGGUAUUUUUCUUGGUCAUUCGUUCUGUUGUUGUUUUUUUCUUUAUAUUCUUAAGGUAAGAUUUAUUUUGAGUUAUCAAAUAUGACCUAAAUAGAUCAUUUUGAGCCAUGUAGGUAUGAGGUCAGUUUCAUAUUGGCCUUCUGCCGGUAUAAACUAUUCCUGUUUCUAUCAUGGUCUUCUUUCUACUGUUCUGACCUCGAUCUCAGAAACCAUGUUUAGUAUAGUGUGAAUUGUUAUUUUAUUUACCUGUAUCUCUCAUUUUCUUUUUCUCUCGCUUUCACUUUCCUUUACACACUUUGCUCCCCCCCCCCCUGCCUCCCAGUGUUCUGCCACCCAUUUGUGGACUAUUGAACCCGGAGGCCGUUUCAUAAAGCUGUUCGUAAGUUAAGAGCGACUUUAAGAACGACUGGUGAUCCUUUCUUUCGCUAAUGAAUAUACCAUUCGCCAUAAGAAAGGAUCACCAGUCGUUCUUAAAGUCCCUCUUACGAACAGCUUUAUGAAACACCCACCAGGUUCUCAUUAGGCACACCUGUCAUUUCUGUUUGUGAUCACUUCAUCCCUCAUGUUUUUUUUACACGUAUGUCUUGCUCUCUCUCUCUCUCUAUGUGUUACUCCUUAUCCUAUAAAACCAAGUCAGAGGCACAAUGUUCUAUUUCUAGAAAAUGUAUGUGGUACUCGUGUACACAAUGUAAUUCUUUGAUGUUAUAGGUAUGUGGCACCACAUUUUCCUUGACUUUCACAUCAUCUCUAUCUGAAAAUACAGAUGCCUAGCAUAAUGGAAGAUUAGUAAACAAGUGCAGCUUUAGAGCAAGUGUUAUUUGAAUAGAAGCAAAACGAAAAUUGAGGAUCAGGCUGUUCGGGCAAUGCAAUUCUAUAGAAAUCUGAUUAAAAGUAAGAAUGUUAGGUGACUUUUUUGGGGUGGGUGAGGUAUCUAUGAUACAUGUAAAUAUUAACUGAAUAUGAACAAAUAUUUUUGAAAUCCUUGAGAAGUUAUGAAGAAAUCAUGGCUUCACGGUCUUAAUGUAACUGUUGCACAGCUUUCUUGAUAUGAUGUGUUAACUAUUCAACAAAUCUGUUAAGGAAACACACAUUCGUUAGUAUUUUAUUUUUGAUCAGAUUUUUAUGACUGACCUGUUCCUGUCCGUGUUUUAUACUUGUAUUUUGUGCUUCUAUUCAAAUAAACCUUUUUUCUUAGUAACAACUUUGAAUUAUUUUCACAUCGGAGCAACUGAAGAUAAAGUUGAUGUAAAUACCAUUCAGUAGCAGUUGCUCAGAGCUAUUUUACAAGAAUGUAAAUAUCCUAGACUUGCUAGACACUUUAGAUUUAGUAAUAAUGUUAUAAUAGUUGUAGGCUCUAUAACGGGUAGAAUUGAUAUGAAUACGUAUGAAAAAACGGUUGUAAUAUUUCAUUUCAAUUUGUAGAAAGAGAAAACUUUUUUUUCGUACUCCUAGUCAUUUUAUCUUGGGUUUCUUUUGAGGUCCAUAUGAAGCCUAAUGUUGAUAAGAGAUGUUAUGGGAAAUUUAGACUCUUGUCUCAUAUAAUAUGUCAGCAAAAAUUCUCUGACAAAUUUUCUCUUUGCCAAUCAUGUUGCAUGGAUUAGGGUAGAUUACAACAGUAGUUUGCAACUUGCAAUUCAUAACAAAUUUUAAAAAGAGGAAUCCUAGACCCGUUGGGUACACGUUUUCUAUCAAUUGUACCUAAAUGUUAUCAAUUGUUUUUAUAAACAGUGAUUCAGAUGGAGAAAUCAACAUUUUUAUGAAACAUUUUGUGUAUAUGAGAUUGAUGUUGAUUUGGUUAUGAUGCAUUGAAGAAUUAAGUGAAAACCUUAGGUUUUAAGUAAUAAAAAAACACAGAAACUUGUCAUUUCAUUAUAAAUACCAAAAGUAAAAUAAAUAGCAUUGGGAGUAAAACAUGCAUUAUUAGACUUCAUGAAUUAUAUUGUUAAGAAUGAAAUUUUUUUAUUGAUUUUGUAUCCUAAUAUUUCCAUUAUGUAUGAGAUUGGUUUAGGUAUCUGUAAAGCAUUGAUGAAAUAACAGUAUAUCACUAAUAGGAUUACUGCAAGUUAAAUAACUCAGAUAUGUGUUAGUAUAUAUAAUUUAGGUCUGGAGGGAAGAAUGUAUUUUGAAUGCCUCGGGGUCACAUCAGCAAUACCGACACCCGGCAUGACCAAAUCUAUCACGUUAUUUCCAGUGAUAUACCAUUGGUCAGUUUGGUGUCGGUUUUGAUGAUGUUACCUAAGCAUUAUUUAGAAGAGCUAUUUCCUAAUUUUUAUGAAUGGAGCAGUCAUACUAUGACCUAGGAUUUGUAUUUUUUCCUUUGGACUGCAAACAAAAAAACAGGUGUCAUCUACAUGAGUACAGAGGCAACUGAUCAAAAUUCUAGGGAGUGUUGCAAGGAUUUGCAGUAACUUAUGAAAAAUUGUCAAAAUCACCGACUAUUGUCUUAUGGUAAAUUAACUUCCCAAAUCAUACUCAUUGAAAAAAUUUACCUUGCAUUUCCUAGUAUCACGUAUCCUUAUAUAAGAUUUCAUAUCUUGUCAAAUCAUUCAUGUUUUGUGAAUUUCUAUAUUCCAGGCACCUUUGGAAAUGCAUCAAUGCUGUCCCACCAUUUUGCACUGAUAAUACAAUCACAUAUCUUGGUUUUGUGUUAUUUCAAACAUGUUUGAUGAAAUCAGUUACGUUUUUUGUCCGUGGAUUUUGUGAUAUUAUUUGGUUUUUGUAAUAAAUUUGCUGUAACGAGCAACCAAUGUGUAAAAACACCAACAAGAAA